GAACUUCCUGAGGAGAAUGAAGCAGGAGGAGCUGGCUGAUCGACUGCAGAGCAGACCUUCUACUGCAGUUUGUCGACAUAAAGUCCAAUCUGGUCUGAAGAAGAAGUUCCAGUGUGUGUUUGAGGGAAUCACUAAAGCAGGAAACCCAACCCUUCUGAAUGAGAUCUACACAGAGCUCUACAUCACAGAGGGAGGAACUGGAGAGCUGAAUGAAGAACAUGAGGUCAGACAGAUUGAAGCAGCAUCCAGGAAAGCAGACAGAGCAGAAACCAGCAUCAGACAAGAAGAGCUCUUUCAACUCCCAGCUGGAAGACAAGAACCAAUCAGAACCGUGAUGACAAAGGGAGUGGCUGGCAUUGGGAAAACAGUCUUAACACAGAAGUUCACUCUGGACUGGGCUGAAGGCAAAGCCAACCAGAACAUCCACUUCAUAUUUCCAUUCACUUUCAGAGAGCUGAAUGUGCUGAAAGAGGAGAAGUUCAGCUUGGUGGAACUUGUUCAUCACUUCUUCCCUGAAACCAAAGAAGCAGGAAUCUGCAGCUUUGAAGACUUCCAGAUCAUCUUCAUCUUUGAUGGUCUGGAUGAGUGUCGACUUCCUCUGGCCUUCCACAAGACUCAGAUCCUAGAUGACCCUAGAAAGUCCACCUCAGUGGGUGAUCUGCUGACAAACCUCAUCAGGGGGAACCUGCUUCCCUCUGCUCACCUCUGGAUAACCACACGACCUGCAGCAGCCAAUCAGAUCCCUGCUGAGUGUGUUGACAUGGUGACUGAGGUCAGAGGGUUCAAUGAUCCACAGAAGGAGGAGUACUUCAGGAAGAGAUUCAGAGAUAAAAAGCAGGCCAGCAGGAUCAUCUCUCACAUCAAGAGAUCCAGAAGCCUCCACAUCAUGUGCCGCAUCCCAGUCUUCUGCUGGAUCACUGCUGCAGUUCUGGAUGAUCUGCUGAAGAGCAGAGAGGGAGGAGAGCUGCCCAAGAGCCUGACUGAGAUGUACAUCCGCUUCCUGGUGGUUCAGGCCAAAGUCAAGAAGAUCAAGUAUGAUGGAGGAGCUGAGACAGAUCCUCACUGGAGUCCAGAGAGCAGGAAGAUGAUGGAGUCUCUGGGAAAACUGGCUUUUGAGCAGCUGCAGAAAGGAAACCUGAUCUUCUAUGAAUCCGACCUGACAGAGUGUGGCAUCGAUAUCAGAGCAGCCUCAGUGUAUUCAGGAGUGUUCACACAGAUCUUUAGAGAGGAGAGAGGACUGUACCAGGACAAGGUGUUCUGCUUCAUCCAUCUGAGUGUUCAGGAGUUUCUGGCUGCUCUUCAUGUCCACCUGACCUUCGUCAACUCUGGAGUCAACCUCAUGGAGGAAGAACAGAAAAAGUCUUGGUUUUCAUUUCUUUUUAAGAGCUCCUCAGUCCAAUUCUACCAGAGUGCUGUGAACAAGGCCUUACAGAGUCCAAAUGGACACCUGGACUUGUUCCUCUGCUUCCUCCUGGGUCUUUCACUGCAGACCAAUCAGAAUCUCCUUCAAGGUCUGCUGACACAGACAGGAAGUUGUUCACAGACCAAUCAAGAAACAGUCCAGUACAUCAAGGAGAAGAUCAGUGAGAAUCUGUCUGCAGAGAAAAGCAUCAACCUGUUCCACUGUCUCAAUGAACUGAAUGAUGGUUCACUAGUGGAGGAGAUCCAACAGUUCCUGAGUUCAGGACGUCUCUCCACAGAUGAUCUGUCUCCUGCUCAGUGGUCAGCUCUGGUCUUCAUCUUACUGUCAUCAGAAGAAGAUCUGGAAGUGUUUGACCUGAAGAAAUACUCUGCUUCAGAGGAGGCUCUUCUGAGGCUGCUGCCGGUGAUCAAAGCCUCCAACAAAGCUCUACUGAGUGGCUGUAAUCUCUCAGAGAGAAGCUGUUCAGCUCUAGCCUUAGUUCUCAGUUCUCAUUCCUCCAGUCUCAGAGAUCUCGACCUGAGUAACAACAACCUGCAGGAUUCAGGAGUGAAGCUUCUUUUUGCUGGAUUGGAAAGUCCACAGUGCGAACUGGAGACACUUAGCCUGUCAGGUUGUCUGAUCACAGAGGAAGGCUGUGCUUCUCUGGCUCCAGCUCUGAAGUCCAACCCCUCCCAUCUGAGAGAACUGGACCUGAGCUACAAUCAUCCAGGAGAGGCUGGAAUUAAGCUGCUUUCUGCUGCACUGGAGGAUCCACACUGGAGACUGGACACUCUCAGCAGUGAAGGAGACACAAAGACGAUUCAUUCACAGACUUUAGAGAGGGUGGAGCCGGCUGGAGUCCACUGGUUGACUCCAGGUCUGAGGAAGUAUUCCUGUCGCCUCACAAUCGACACAAACACAGUGAACAGAAACCUCAAACUGUCUGACGACAACAGGAAGGUGACCUUUGAGGAGGAGCUUCAGUCAUAUCCUGAUCAUCCUGACAGAUUUGAUUACUGGUAUCAGCUGCUGUGCAGAGAUGGUCUGACUGGUCGCUGUUACUGGGAGGUUGAAUGGAGCAAUAUUGUUUAUAUAUCAGUGAGUUACAGAGGAAUCAGAAGAAAAGGAGACAGUGAUGACUGUAUGUUUGGAUGGAACAAUCACUCCUGGAGUCUGAUCUGCACUCAUGAUCGUGGUUACGCUGUCUGCCACAAUAACAGAGAAACAUACAUCUCUUCCUCUUUCUCUUCCUCCUCCUCAUCCUCUGACAGAGUAGCAGUGUAUGUGGACUGUCCUGCUGGGAGUCUGUCCUUCUUCAGAGUGUCUUCUGACUCACUGAUCCACCUCUACACCUUCAACACCACAUUCACUGAACCUCUGUAUCCUGGAUUUGGGUUUAGGUUCUUGUCUGGUUCCUCAGUGGUUCUGUGUUAAGUUCAGAUUGUCGCACUGCAAGAAGGCAAUGACACGCUAGCGGUCUACACCACACAUGUGCCAUGA